AUGAGCGCCCUAAAGGACCAACGCGGUCUCAACGCGCCCAGCCAACACACGUCUCCACUGACUUCAACUCAAGCAACACAAACUUUCAUUUCAUCAGCCAACGUCCGACUCCCGAACCGAAUCGGAACGGGCUCCCGGCGUCUGGACGAAGCUUUAGAUGGCCAAUUCAAGCAUCAUCGACGCCCAACUGGCAUUGUGCGUGGUCAAAUUACAGAAGCGUGGGGACCACCAGGGUCUGGGAAGACCUCGCUGGGCUUAAGCAUUGCACGCAGUGCAUUGGAAGAUGGCGGCAAAGUAGUCUGGAUUGAUACGAGUUCUCCCGUGCCUGUACCACGGCUUCAACAAAUGGGGAUGAACGUCGAAAACUUCGUCUAUUUGCGCACGCCGACAUUACCGCACCUUCUUGCUCUUCUCGGGAAACCACCCAAGAACUUUCCACCUGCAGGAACUUCAUUGAUAGUCGUUGACUCCGUGUCAAGUCUCUUCCAAUCGUAUUUUACUGGCGCGUCAGAGCUCAAGGCCCAGCUCGCACGCGGCAAAAUCAAAGACAAGAAUGAGUUGCAGUGGCUUCUCAAUCGAAGAUGGAAUGUCACGAAUGAGCUUUCUAUCUAUUUGACUAAACUUGCUUUGAAGAGGAUUGCCGUGUUGGCUCUUGAUCAGACACACACAAAGAUCAAGGGGCAGGUUCGUGCUACGUUAGGGCCUACUGUCUGGGGAGGAGGGUGGGAAAAGAGUGUUCUGACUCGUGUCGUGCUCUAUCGUGGAAAGCGUGGUGAACGCUUUGCGGAGGUUACCAAGCGUGGAGGCAACUUUCUACCCAGGACUGGGAGGGUAGUUGUUCGGUUUCGCAUUGCGAAGUCACCACUCGCGAAAUCCAGACUCUCUACAUCAACACUUCCCGAUGAACCAUCCAACCCAGUCCCUCCGCCACAGCCCGCACCGACACCGAAGAAACGUAAAGUGGAAGAAGUGGCGGACAGCCAGGAUGAAUUCUCAGAAGAUGAUUUCGUAGACGAAGAAUUCCCCUGA